AUGAACUUGUUCUUCAUACCGUCAAUCAUCGCCUUGUUUUCUAUCUUGGCACCGGUUCUUCGCUACGGCAAAGAUCACAUCUUGCCUGCCAACUAUGUCUUUAAGCCUGCAGAGCUUCAGGAGAUUGUGCAGACAACUCUUGCCGAAAACCCAGGUGCAAACAACACUGCCCUCUUUACUGCUCUUGGCCACAAAUUCUCAGAUCGCUACGGACCAUACGUCAAAGAUCUUAACUACGAUGACUGGCACUUUUCCAACGCUGGCGGUGCCAUGGGAACUUUCUUCAUCUUCCACGCAUCUUUUACCGAAUACCUUAUUGUUUUUGGCUCAGCCACAGGCACCGAGGGCCACACUGGCUACCAUUUGGCUGACGACUACUUCAUCAUUGUUUCUGGUGAGCAAAGUGCUGCGUACCCUGGUGAAAACAUGCCCACUAUCUAUAAGCCCGGAGAGAUGCACCAUCUGUCCUAUGGAACGGCUCAGCAAUACGCGAUGCCUCCAGGGUCUUUUGCAAUUGAGCUCGCUCAGGGAUAUAUUCCCACAAUGCUUAUUUUUGGAUUUCUGGACUCUAUUUUUUCCACUGCAGAUCCUUUCAAUUUGUGGCUGCAAAUCAAGUUUACUACCAUUAGUAUGUUUAAAAAUCUGCUUUUGGGUAAGAUCUAA